CAUAUAUAAUAAAACACUUAAACCCCUAAAUAUUAAUUAACUAAUCCUCAAGCUACAUCUGAGAGAAGAGAGAGAGAGAGAGAGCUUGAAGACGACGAUGAUCGAGCCUUUAUAUUACCUUCUCUUAUCGUCAACGCGCUUCCUUCUUCUUCUGUCUCCUCGCUCCUCUUCUGUUCAUGGUGGUGGAUGGGAGUCGGAGUUCCACUUCCGCCGGACAAGAACCGACGGGAGAAUAAACCGCCGGAUAUUACGUCCAGUUCUUCGGGGGUUUCCGUCGUCAAUGCUCGGUUGUCUGAUUCUCCUAUUCUCUUGUUCGUUUACUUCCACAAGGCUUUCCGUGCACAGCUGGCAGAGCUCCACCGUCUCGCCGGUGAUAGGGUUAAGACCGGUUCCUAUCUAGCGGUGGAGCUCCGCCGUAAGUUUGAUUACCUGAAGCUUGUUUAUAAGUACCAUUCUGCAGCUGAAGAUGAGGUCAUCUUUUCAGCGCUAGACACACGUGUGAAAAACAUUGCUUUUAAUUACUCGCUUGAACAUGAUUCCACAGAAGAUCUUUUCACUUCAAUUUUCCACUGGCUACAUGUUCUUGAAGAAGAAAGAGGGGACACUGCAGAUGUUCUUCGUGAAGUUAUACUAUGUAUUGGCACCAUUCAGUCAUCCAUUUGUCAUCAUAUGCUUAAAGAAGAACGCCAGGUGUUUCCUUUGUUAAUUGAGAACUUCUCAAGUGAAGAACAAGCAUCAUUAGUGUGGCAAUUCAUGUGUAGUGUUCCGGUGAUGGUGCUUGAAGAAAUUUUCCCAUGGAUGACAUCUUUACUCUCUCCCAUGGAGAGAUCUGAAGUUGAGAACUGCGUUAAACAAGUUGUCCCAAAGGAACUCUCCUUGCAACUGGUCAUAAACUCUUGGCUAAUUGAUGAUGAUAGUCAAUCUUCUUCUUUUGCGGCUCUUACAAAGAUCAUGAAAGAAGUACAGUCUGAAAAUAUGAAUAACUCAUCUCAUCAGGCAGAUUCAUCAAAUGGGCUGUUUCAACGUUUUUGGCAGUGGAGUAAAACGUCAUUCUCUAGUCCAAAUACAGAACACACUCUGCUUCAUGGUAUUCAACUUCUGCAUAAUGCAAUAAAAAGAGAUUUGCUAGACAUUCAAAAAGGAUUAAGCCAAUUGAAACUUCCGAGCCUUUCAUUGGACCUCAAUGUGCUCGUGGUUCGGCUAAACUUCCUUGCUGAUGUCCUCAUCUUUUAUGGCAAUGCAUUUACGAAGUUCUUUUACCCAGUGUUUGAAGAAAUGGUGGGUCAACACUCUUCUGCUUCAAAACAAUUCACCAUAGAUGGCCAUGUGGAAAACUUCAAGAGGUGGCUACACCUUGAAACUAGAACAGGGAGUGAAGACUUUGUCAUAACUCUUCAGGAUAAACUGAAAUCCCUUAUACUGACAGUAUCAAAACAGUUUUCUCUAGAGGAAGCUGAGGUAUUCUCCAUCAUCAGCAAGAAUUGCAACAUUGAUAUGCAGAGGCAGCUUCUAUACAUGAGCCUUCAUGUCCUGCCUCUUGGAUUGCUCAAGUGUGUCAUAAUGUGGUUUUCUGCUCAGUUGUCAGAAGAUGAAUCUCAAUCAAUUAUUCACUUCCUAAGCUGGGAAGAUUCUUUUCCCAAUAAACCUUUUUCACACCUCUUGUUGCAAUGGUUUCGUUUUGGUUAUUCAGGCAAAACAUCAGUUGAAAGUUUCUGGGAUGAGCUGUCCUUUAUGUUCAAACCGAGAUGUCCCUCUGAAGAGGAACACACUGAAGAAGCUUCUGGAUCUAUAUACAAUGGAUCUGAUCCUUCUUUGCUUGGGAACAAACAUAAGUCGUCAACAUGGUUCCAGCCAAUGGAUCUACCUCCUGGUUACAUGAAUGAGACACCUUACUCGAGUGCAAUGAAUCAUCAAAUGCUUAUCCCAGGAAACCUCAAGCCUCUUCAACAGCUUCCUGGUGACAACAUUGGCGAUCCCUUAACUAUGGACUGGAAACCGAUUGAUCUGCUUUUCUUGUUCCACAAGGCAAUGCAGAAGGAUAUAGACUAUCUUGUACGCGGUUCAGCACGACUGGCAUCAGACAGUAGCUUCCUUGGAGAGUUUCGUCAACGGUUUCAUAUGAUAAAGUUCUUGUAUCAGAUACAUUCGGAUGCAGAGGAUGAGAUUGCGUUUCCAGCCCUGGAGGCAAAGGGCAAACUACAAAACAUUAGUCAGUCAUACAGUAUUGAUCACGAACUUGAACUUGGACGUCUCAAUAAAGUAUCAUUCCUUUUGAAUGAGAUGGCUGAACUCAACAUGUUGUUGUUAUCUAUCAACUCAAAUGCAGUGGAGAAGUAUGCGAAUUUAUGUUUGAGCCUCCAAGAUGUAUGUAAAUCCAUUCAUAAGCUAUUGUCUGAGCAUCUCCACCGCGAAGAAACCGAGCUAUGGUCUUUGUUUAGAAACUGCUUCACUAUUGAAGAACAAGAGAAGAUCAUAGCAUCCAUGCUUGGAAGAAUGAGUGGAGAAAUAUUGCAAGAUAUUAUUCCAUGGUUAAUGGAAUCUUUGGUCCCUGAGGAGCAACAGGCUGUGAUGUCUUUGUGGCGUCAAGCCACAAGGAAAACAAUGUUUGCUGAAUGGCUAAAGGAAUGGUACAAUAGUAAUGUUGUAGGAGAAGAAAUAGGGGAAACAAAAACAGUUCCAUCUGAGGAUUCAGAUCCACUAGAUAUUGUCUGGAAAUAUCUAUUGGAGGAAGCUGCUGAUGAGGAAAGAGGAAGCACUUGCAGAAAACCUAUGGAAGUUUUAGAGACAAGUUUAAAGGAUAGCAUGAGUAAGCCACUUGUGAAGGUUGCUCCUGAUAACAAGGAAGGAGUUGGCAACAAAGAGGAGAUUCAUAAAGAAAACUCAGAGAGUAAGAAGGUAUGUACAAGAGUUGAUGAAAAGAUGUAUAAAGAAGAAACUCAAGCCUACCAAAUGCCUAGAACAUCAAGCCAAUCUGAUCAAGCCAAUAAAUAUGAGUGCCUCUUAUCAAUGAGUCAGGAGGAUGUGGAGGCUACAGUUAGAAGAAUUUCUCGUGACUCUUCUUUGGAUCCUCAGAAGAAAUCAUAUAUCAUGCAGAACUUCUUGAUGAGCCGUUGGAUUGCCACACAACGGAUACAUAAUCUUGAACCAUCCAGUAUCUCAAACAAUAUGGAAGUAGUUCCUGGUCAACAUCCAUCUUAUAGAGAUCCUCAAAAGGGGAUCUUUGGUUGCAAACACUACAAGAGGAAUUGCAAGCUUCUCGCCCCUUGUUGCAACAAGCUUUUCACAUGUAUACGGUGCCAUGAUGAAGAGGUUGAUCACUCAGUGGAUAGGAAACAAAUCACAACAAUGAUGUGUAUGAAGUGCAUGAUUAUUCAGCCAAUAGGCGCGAGCUGCUCAAAUAUUUCAUGCAAUUCUUCAAUGGGAGAAUAUUACUGCAAAAUCUGCAAACUAUUUGACGAUGAAAGAGAAAUCUAUCAUUGUCCAUAUUGCAAUCUCUGCCGGUUAGGAAAAGGAUUGGGCAUUGAAUAUUUCCAUUGCAUGAAAUGCAAUGCUUGUAUGUCACGGACCUUAGUAGAACAUGUAUGCAGAGAAAAGUGCUUAGAAGAUAAUUGUCCGAUUUGUCAUGAGUAUAUUUUUACCUCGAAUUCUCCGGCGAAGGCUCUUCCAUGUGGUCAUGUGAUGCACUCAGCAUGCUUUCAGGAGUACACAUGUUCACAUUACACAUGCCCUAUUUGCAGCAAGUCACUAGGGGAUAUGAAGGUAUACUUUAGAAUGUUAGAUGCACUGCUUGCAGAACAAAAAAUGCCGGAUGAAUACUUAAACCAAACUCAGGUAAUACUAUGUAAUGACUGUGGGAGAAAGGGAAAUGCUCCGUACCAUUGGCUCUAUCACAAGUGCUCUUGUUGUGCCUCAUACAACACCAGACUUCUCUAACUCGUCCAAUAUCCCUUAUUUUUCCGUUGUAAAUGAGCAAGUAUUUUUUUUUUUCGAAACACAAAUGAGCAAGUCUAAACAUUUUUCUUUCGUUUUGAAAGCAUUUGAUUUUGUAUGAAAAAAAUAAUAUUCUGACAUACGGUCAAUAAAUUUAGGGGGUUGUAGUUCUCACUUAAUCUCA